AUGCUGGGCAGCCUCUCGAGCCUUGUCCAAAAGGCUCAGCAGCUGCUGGACCCCUCGCAGGGCCUGGGCUUCACUUCACUCUCCUCCGACGACAGGAACCCCUCCAAGGCCUACCUCUUCCAGAGCCAAUUCCGUCUGCCCUCGUCCCAACACCCACUCUACGAGAUCCCCGCCGAGCUCACAAUCCCUCCCUCUGGCAUCACCCAGUCCGACCGUGACGCCAACCGUGGCUUCCAGUACGCCGGUCGCCUGCACCUCUCCGAGUCCUACCUCUGCUUCAGCACGACCCCUUCGAGUUUUCUUCAGUCAGCUAGCAGCUCCUCUUCCCUCCUCUUUACCGGCCAGACACACGGUGCCGGCCCCAGCGGUAACGGGUUCACGUUCCCCCUCUGUGCGAUCCGCCGAGUCGAGCGUCUACAUAGCCAGAACUUCCAAUUCGCCCUCGCCAUCACCACGUGGAACGGCAUCAGCCAGGAUGCUGCGAAGGACAAGGACAGGAAAGACUUGCGCGAGCAGCGCAUUACCAUCCAGCUGGCCGGUAGCCGCCAGGCCUGCGAGCGCUUCUGCGACGGUCUCAAGAAGGGCCUGCGCGCCAACGUCGUCCACGUCGCCCGUAUGAAGCGAGUUGUUGCCGACUGCUACUCCGAGUACCUCCUUCGUCCCGACGAUGCGAAGAACGCCACGCCCCCGGAUGCCGGUUUGGGUAUGAUCUUCAAGUACCCAGGAGACCCGAAGAAGCUGCGUGACCGUGCAAAGAUGCGUCUUUGGGCCGAAUAUCUGCGCGACAAUGGCCGAAACAUGACCUUGAUCCGCCAGCCUACCUUCCACAAGCUCAUCCGCGUUGGUCUGCCCAACCGGCUGCGUGGUGAGAUCUGGGAGCUGACCUCUGGCUCGCUCUACCUGCGUCUGGAGAACCCGACGCUUUACCAAGACACCCUCGCCAAGUUCCAGGGCAAAGAGUCCUUGGCUAUUGACGAGAUCGAAAAGGACCUGAACCGCAGCUUGCCUGAGUAUCCGGGCUUCCAGAGCGAAGAGGGUAUCGGCCGUCUGCGCCGGGUCCUGACCGCCUACAGCUGGCUGAAUGCCGACGUUGGCUAUUGUCAGGCCAUGAAUAUCGUCGUUGCCGCUUUGCUUAUUUACAUGUCCGAGACACAGGCCUUCUUCCUGCUGUCUGCUUUAUGUGACCGACUCGUUCCGGGAUACUACUCUACUACCAUGUAUGGCACUCUGCUCGACCAGAAGGUCUUCGAGUGCCUGGUCGAGCGCACCAUGCCCAUUCUGUGGGAACAUCUCGUCAAGAGUGAUGUUCAGCUGUCUGUCGUCUCGCUUCCUUGGUUUCUGUCGCUCUACAUCAACUCCAUGCCUCUAGUCUUCGCCUUCCGUGUUCUCGAUGUCUUCUUCGUCGAGGGUCCGAAGGUUCUCUUUCAGGUCGGCCUGGCUAUCCUCCGUAUCAACGGCGAGGAUCUUCUAGAUGCGACCGACGACGGUGCCUUCAUCUCUGUCCUGAAGUCCUACUUCGCGAGCCUGGACGAGUCGGCUCAUCCAAAGUCGGAGAACCCGAAGCUCCGGGCUGUCACAAAGUUCCAGGAGCUCAUGGUCGUCGCCUUCAAGGAGUUCUCAGGCAUCACCCACAGCACCAUCACCGAGCUGCGCCAGAAGAACAAGGACGCCGUUCUCAGCAACAUCGAGAGCUUCGCCAAGCGCACAGCCAUCCGGAACCUGGGCCCGGAUAGCAAACUGCUCACUAACGAUGAGCUGAGCUCGCUCUAUGACCGCUUUUACGGUGUGCUCUACGAGCGUCAGCAGCGCGACCAGAUGAUCAAGCAAGAACAGGCCCGCCGCGCAAAGGCUGCGGGCCGCAACUCGCUCCUUGCACAACUUGCCAGCGAAGGCGACCAUGGCGUCGAAAGGGGUCGCAUCGGGCUCGGCCCGAGCACGAGCUUGAUGGAUUACGAUGCCUUCCGCGAGUUCCUGGCGGGCAUCUGCAAGUGGGCCAUCUCGGAUUCACCCAGCACAUCGCGUCGGGAUUUGUAUGGUUUGCAAGAUAGGGGUUAUGGCAGCGCCAGAAAAGCCGACGCUCUUCUCUCUCCGUGGGGCGCUGGACCCGAGCCGGCUGACCACGAGUUUAUGCGGCGUCUGUUCCGGAAGUGGGAUGUUGACGGCUCCGGCAGCCUGACGCUGCAGAAUGUUGUCUCGGGUAUGGCCCGCAUCAAGAGCAAGCGGGAUAUCAUGGGGAAUAUCAACUACUUCUUUGAGCUGCAUGACGACGAUGGCGAUGGCAAGGUCGACCGCGAAGGUAUCCUGCGCAUGUCGGAGGCCCUGCUGUUCCUAUCUCGUCGCGGUCUGGAGGGGACGUUGUCUCCCUCGAACUCGUCACUCAAUCUGAGCGAUGGCGUGAACGACGUGCCGGGACAGUCGGUCAGCGAGCGCUUCCUCGGGAGUGUGAGUGCCUUCAUCAGGCGGUGCUUUGAGUACGCCGAUCCGGACCAUCCCAAGAACCAGGAGAGCGCGGUGCAACAAGCGCAAGAAAAAUUUGAGUCGACCACACUCAAAGACGAAUCCGACGAUGAGCUGGCCGACCCGGACAAGUUCGCCAUCGGCGACGACGGCUCCGAGGACGAAGACGACCUCCUAACCAUGAACUCCCCCCAGGCCAGCCCCAAACAAUUCGCCCAACGACCCCCGUCUACCUUCAAUCCCCCCGCUAUUCAACUUAACCCAUCUUCCAACGACGACCCCGAAGCCCGCCGCCGCGUCUCCAGAGCGGCAUCCGAGAAAGCCAACAUCGCCCUCGACCCCGCCAAUCCCCUCCACAUCACUCUACCCACUUUCCGCAUGGUCGUCCUCGCCGACGAGCUCCUCGAGCAAUUCUUCGAGUCUUCCUUCCCAACCUCCUUCCACAUCGUCGAGGGUCUUUCCGCAGCCGCAACCCAGACUCAGGCCAGUGGCUCAGGCCUGACCACCUUCGCCGGUCUUGGCUUUGGCUCCCGGCCUAGCGGGGCCCCCACUCCCGUCGGCAUCACUGGCGCCGGUCCCGCUGCCGCCACUGCCGCUGCCGCUGCCGCUGCUGCAGGCCGUGGCCUGCGUGGUGUGCUAGAUAACAUCGUCACCGACGGGAUGCGCGUCGCGGCGGAGGUGAAGCGCCGCAUGGAAGAGGCGCAGAAAGAGCUGGAGAGGAAUGCCCUUGCUUCGGGACAGCCUUUGCCUAAUAGGAAGGCGGGAGAUGAGGAUGAGGACGAGGAGGAUGACGGGCGAUAUGGUGGGCCGAGUUCGAGUAGGCUCGCCCCAUAUAAGGGGGAUGCGGAAAGGAGGAGUGUGAGGAGUGAGGAUAGGGAUUUGUUGACCGGGGCGGAUGCGGAAGCAGGAGGGGAGGGGAUGCCAGGUUUGGGAGUUGGCACUGCGACUGGCGUUGGGGAGGGAGGUAUAGGUGCGUCGCAGGCGGGGACGGGGAAAGUUGUGGGUGUUGAGUUUGAAGGGUAG